AUGGCUGUGGCGACGGUGAACCUCCGCGCCGUGACCUCCUGGGUGGGCAUCACCCGGCUCUUUGCCAUUGUGCUGUCCUGCAUCGCCUUCAGCUUGGUGGCCUCCACCAGGGACUUCAUGGGUCCCUACGGGACGUGGUGCAUGUUCACCUGGUGCUUCUGCUUCGCUGUGACGCUGCUGGUGCUGGUGCUGGAGCUGCUGGAGCUCUACCCCAAGCUGCCGCUCUCCUGGGACGACUUCACCUCGGCUUUCUCCAUGCUGGCAGCGUUGAUGGUCUUCACCACCUCGGUGGUCUUCCCCUCAACCUUCAUCAGCAGCCCCUGCAGCAGCAGCAAGUGUGCCCGGCAGGCCGUGGCCACCACCGCCUCCUGCCUCUGCUUCCUUGCCUACGCCCUCGAGGUGGGGCUCACCCGCGCCAAGCCAGGGGACAUCAGCAGCUUCCUCUCCACUGUGCCGGGGCUCCUUAAGGUCUUCGAGGCCUAUGUGGCUUGUCUCAUCUUCUCCUUGCUGGAUAACUACGGUUCGGAAGCGGGCCUGCAGUGGUGCGUGGCCGUCUACUCCAUCUGCUUCAUCGUCACCCUCCUCAUCAUCAUCUUCACCAUUGGCCGGUGCCUCGCCUACAUGCCUUGCCCGCUGGAGAAGAUGCUGGUGGGCUACAACGCCUUGGCCCUGGUGAUGUACAUCACCGCCACCGUCCUCUGGCCCCUCUACAGCUUCGGCGGGAGGAGCCGCCCUGACCCCUGCGGCAGGAACUGCUGGUGGGACAAGCACCUGGGGGUCACCUUCCUCACCAUCUUCAACCUCAUCGCCUACUUGGUGGACCUGAUCUACUCUACCAGGAUGGUCUUCAUCAGGGCACCUCCCUAA